UGAAACCGUUUGUUUACAUUUUGAAGAAGCUCGAUAAAGGCCCAAAAACGCUUCCAAAUUCUUUAACUGGGUAUGUGACAAAAAUGGGUUUAGACCCAGUUCUGCCAUUUAUACAGUCUCGUGCUUCGGAUUUUCGCUAACAAGGAGUCAAUGAAGCAGUUUUGGGCAACCAUUACACAGAUGAAAGAACUAGGGUACGGUUCUUGGAGUUUUUAGGAAUUCGAAGAUGGGUAACGAUGUCACGGCUUGGAAAACUUUCAAGGGCCCCCCCCUCUACUUCUCCAAAAAUCGAGAUAUUACGUCAUGGAACCAUGCUCCCAAAGCAUCAUAGAGGGAACGCAUAGAAUGAUAAGUAAGCCAAGCUAAAGUAUUCUUUAAGCUCGUUAGUUUUGAUAGCCAAGCUUGAAAAACUCAUUACUCGGCUCCGCUUGGCUUGGCUUGUUCACAUGCCUAUUUAUUUCUGCAAAUAGCGUGACAAGAGACUAAUGUUUUAGCAAAUAUCAUUUGUUUCAUUCGAAUCUCCUGGGGAUUUGAAAACAGUUAUUUGGUGUCUCUGGUCUUUGUCAUUCCAUUUCAUUACUAAAUGUGGCACCUCUUGGUGACCAACUGUUUACCAUUUUGGUGUUGCAUUAAAAUGUUUCGGUUGAUUACCUACACUGCUAUGUUCCUUGGUGAGUUUUGUGUUUGGAAUGUUGAAUGGAAGAAAGAAAACAUAAUUAUCUGUUAUCUUUAUGUCCUUGGUGAGGUUUUUUUUUUUUUUUGAAUGGGAGGAAGAAAAACAAAAUUAUAAGUAUCCUUGUGAUUACUUUUAUCUGUAUUGUUGGUUUCUGUUUGUGAAGAAUUAGUCCGUAUUUCUGAUGUUUGUUAAUGUGUUCUGUCAGACAAAGCCCAGUGUCAAAACAAGCUUGCUCACAUCAUAUAAUACUGGUGGUAGACAUUCAGUCCCACUGUUACAUAGUGGUCCUAAGCCAGGUCUUGCUUACCAAUCUGUGGGACUACAAGCUUUAUCAGGCAGAUGCAUCUCCACGAUGGACAAUUCAGCCGACUCUGUUGCGCAGGAAGCUACUGCUUCUGUACCUGGUGUUCCUCCACGCAUCAAAUUCAUAAGGCUUGAUAAAACAGCCAAGCACCUAAUGCUGGCAUGCAUAUAUUUGUUACCUUUAUUUUAACAUAUGGAAGGAGCACGUUCUCUGAUAUGAUUAAGAUUUUUCGGUUGGUAUGACAUUUCAGGUUCUUGAUAAGGAGGCUGUGGAGGAAGUGAGGAACCAGAGAGAAAUACCAGAUAUUAGGCCUGGCUAUAUCAUCCAGCUCAAAGUGGAGGUGCCCGACAAUAGAAGGUGUGUUUCGAUCCUCAAAGGCAUUGUUAUAGCAAGGCGUAAUGCUGGUCUAAAUACUACAUUAAGACUAAGAAGGCUUGUGGCAGGAGUUGGGGUAGAAUCCCUCUUCCCCCUGUACUCACCCAACAUAAAGGAGAUAAAGGUGCUGGACAAAAAGAAGGUGAGGAGGGCUAAGCUUUACUAAGUGAGGGAUAAGAUGAAUGCUCUAAGUAAUAGCAAAUCUACAACUACAAGUAACUGGAGACCGAAAGGUGUAUGUAUUCAGGAAUGCUGGAGC